UCGUGCAACUGAUAAGAUUUUAACGCACAGCACUUUCGGGGCCACUGGCAAUUUUUCGUUUAACCUCAUUUUCAAGAGUUUUGUUUUCAUUUUUGUUUUGUUCUAUAAUAAUAAAAUUAACUUUUUUAAAAUAAUAAUUUGAGCGGCUUUUUAUAAAUUGCAGUUUUUUUUUAUUAUUACUUUAAUAUUUAGAAUCAAAAUGGACCCCGUUUUAAGAGAAGAUGAUCUACCCGAAGCGUGUUUACAAAACAUACUCUACCAGAAAAGUUUGAAAUGGGUUUUCGUCGGUGGCAAAGGAGGUGGUGGUAAAACUACUGUCAGUUGUGGUGUGGCCAUUCAAUUGUCUCUAGUCCGUGAAACAGUACUACUAUUAUCAGUUGAUCCAGCACACAACAUAUCUGACGCUUUUGGACAAUGUUUCACCAAAACCCCUACUAAAGUCGAAGGUUUCAACAAUUUAUUUGCUAUGGAAGUAGACACUGAUAACGAUGAAAACCAAACUUUAUUUGAACCUGAUGAUGGAUCUGAAACAGUACAGUUAGGUAACAAUCUUGUGAAAAUCGUUUUAUCGAUAUUUCCCGGUAUUGGUGAGACAAUGAGAUAUGCUAAAAUAAUGAAGUUGGUUAAGAAUAUGGACUUUUCAGUUAUUGUAAUUGAUACAGCUUCUUCAGGACAUACUUUAAAACUACUGACAUUCCCUUCGAUGAUGGGAAAAGCUUUAAGAAACUUUUUGGAACUUAGAAAUAGAAUGGGCCCUUACCUAAAUCAAAUAUCUAUGCUUUUUGGACCGGGUUUUAAUGUAGAGGAAAUUAUACAGAAAAUUGAUGAAUUGUUGAAUUACAUUAAUACUUUUAAUCAACAAUUAAAAAACCAUGAAAAAACCACAUUUAUUUGUGUAUGUAUUGCUGAAUUUUUGUCAUUGUAUGAAACUGAAAGGCUUUUCCAAGAAUUAAACAAUAAUGAAAUUGACUGCCAUAAUAUUGUUGUUAAUCAAUUAUACCCGAACAAUGAAGAAUCCGAUCCCAAUUGUAAAAAGUGUUCUUCCAGAAAGGAAUUACAGCGCACCUAUCUAGAACAGAUAAAGGAUUUGUAUCUUAAUUGCCAUGUUACUAAGCUUCCAUUGUUAGAAAAAGAAGUACGAGGUGUUCCUGAUUUAAAAGAUUUUUCAAACUAUUUAAUAUACCCAAAUUAUGUUUACCCUAAAAUUGAAUAAGUAACAACACUGUUCUGUUGUGUUUUCUUUAUUUUUACAACAUAAGUUUAUAACAAUGUAAUAUGUACAUAAAAAACAAAUGAUUUUAUCAUUACUGUAAUUUUAAUUAAUUUCAAAUGAUUUUAAAAACGAUAAGGAAUAAUUACUGUUAAUUAUAAUUCACUAUAUUGGUUAUAAAACAAAAAUACAUUUUUCAAUUAUUUAAUCUAUAAAUAAAUGUAGUAUAAUAAUUAAUAAUUAAUAAAUAUAAGCUCAUUAUGAUAUUAUAUCUCAUAAUUUAUUUAUUCUCAACUAAUCAUAAUAAUAUAAGAUGUUAGUUAAGCUUUUUAAAAACAAAUGUUUUAUAAUUAGGUACCCUAUAUACAAACCAUUUUGUUAUAAAUUCUUUAAUAAUUUUGCACUUAAAACUGUAUUUUAUUAAUCAUAAUGAUCUUAUUUACCUGUCGUUGGUAUUGCUGUGUAACGUAAUACCAUUGGUAUUGGUUAAGCAUCAACCUUAUUAUUAUUUAUUAUAUAAUAAUUUUAGAACAUUGAAACAAGCAAUUAAAAACAAUUACCAAGUUAAUUAUAUUUUACAUUUUUACAAAAAAUGUUCUAAAGUUUUUCUAUAUUUUAAACAUUUUAAACACUAAAAAUUAAAAAUACAUUAUUUUAAUACUUAUUUCAUAAAAUACACUUAUAUUUUUUUGUGCUUUAUUUUAUUUUUUUUUAUACAGUAUGCUAUGAUUAAAGCCGGAUUUAAUAGAUGUUGCAACUUUUUAUUGAUAUCAUGUAAAUCAAAUCUGAUCAAAUAUGU